CAGCAGAUCUCUGCAAUUUAUUGCAUCGCCGCAUCUAACCCUAAACUGUGUCUCACUGGCUCAACCCGACAGGCUGUUUACAUUGAGGUCGCGGAGCUGUUCUUGGCAGUGUUGAGUUUUCAUACAAAGGGAGUUGUCUCGCUGCUGAUGCUGGGGAGAUCAAUGCUUUAUCUCCCAUCUUCUCUUAUCGCCAUCUCUUCUCCCCCCCCCUCUGCGCAGCUGAGUCGACACCGGUGGUAUAUUGGGACGCGCUGGAUGGCUGGUGCACUUAGCGAACCGGCUUGAAUCUUUUUGUCAUCAUCUUCCUCUGCCUUUGAACCUGAAAACAUAACAGCAACAAUAAUGACAGACCCGGCCAUCCAGGACUCCUACCCUGUCCCAGACCCGACUAUUGUGGAUCCCUGCCCGGCUACGGUGCGGAACGGCCAGUGUGCCCCAGAUGGCUUCACCAACAACCACCACCAGCAAGCCAAGAGCCCCAGCCAGCCCGAGACGUUCACCACGGGCCAAGAGAUGAAAAUCACAGACAGUGUGGAGGGAGAAGGUCUCCUGGAGAGCAGCAUGCGGCUGAAGCCACACGAAGCUCAGAGCUACAGGAAGAAGGCACUCUGGGUCUCCUGGGUCUCCAUCGUGGUCACGCUAAUACUGGCUGUGGCAGCUUUCACUGUAUCAUUCAUGAGACACAGCGCGUCAGCCUUUGGUUUUGCCUUUAAUGCUGCGCUGGACGUCCUCUCAUCAUUCAUUGUCAUCUGGCGCUACAGCAAUGCAGCAGCUGUGCACUCUGCACACAGAGAGUAUAUAGCAUGUGUAGUCCUUGGGGUUGUGUUCGUUCUCUCCUCCUUGUGCAUCCUUGGAAAGGCCAUCCAUAACCUGGCUACCAGGGAGCCCCCCGAAGUGGACGACUUCCUUUACAGUGUGUCUAUAGUGAGCGGGAUCACAUGUGCUGUGCUGGCUGGGGCCAAGUUCAUGCUGGGAAGAGUGCUGACUAGCCGGGCACUUAUCACUGACGGGUUUAACUCUAUGGUCGGAUCUAUCAUGGGAUUUUCCAUUCUGAUCAGCGCAGAAGUCUUUAAGCACCAUACUGAGGUCUGGUUUCUGGAUGGCACCAUCGGAGUUCUCAUUGGACUCAUCAUUUUGGCAUAUGGCAUCAAACUCCUUGUGGAUAUGGUGCCCCGUGUGAGACAGACAAGGAACUACGAACGCUUUGAGUGAGAGUGUGUGUUGACAUGACGAACAGGUCCAAACUCCCAUACACCUGGCUGCCUCUUGCCCUCCGUCCUCUUCUCUAUGUCUUUCAUACACACUUUAAAAAACAUUGUAUCUGCAGAUUCAGCACAUACAGACUCUAUACACCCAUGUUGUCAUACACACAAAUAUAUACACAUGUUGUAUACUGUACAUAGUACAUUCAGACAUCAACAUACACACAUGCAUGCACACACAAAUGUAGACGUCUGAGAGACUUUGAGGGAGAAGGAUGUGAUUGAAGACCAUAUCCUGGAAAGAAAAUACUUCAAGUAAAAUACUGCUCUUCUUCACUUUAUGUCCUUGAAACCACCAAUUUAAAAAUGACAACUAGAUUAAGGAAAGGCCAAGGAGCUGAGACUCCUGUCUACCAGCAAUUUUUUGGACAUGAGAUACAGUAGUUGAUGCUUAGAUGACACCAUUUACAUCAUCACAGUGUUCACGCUGCAAGAAACUACAUAGUAUAUUAAUUGGUCCUGUUGGGUUCAAUUGUUGUCAUAGUGGGCAUAAUUGGACACAAAAUCAAAAAUUACCCAAUGGUGUAGAUUUCACUUAAAUGAGACUCACACAAAAAAACAUGUAAUUUACUUAGAAUAUUUAUAAUGAGAUUUUUAAGACUCCAAGUUGAGCUGAGGGCUGCUCACUCAUUUUUUUAUAAAUUGUAUUUCUAGUUAUUGUUGGGGACAGGUGUUUCUUUCCUAAAUCAGACAGAGUUCCUUUUGAAAUCAGGCUCCUCUCUUCAAAGCAGCCACUACUCAUCCUAAUUUAUUGCGUAGAGAAGAAGAGUGAACGUGAAAAGUAGGGAAGACUGAGCGCAUAUGAGCAGCACUGAGUCAGCAAACACUGCUUUGUCCAUAAGGUGAAAGGCAUCAGGAAACACGAUGAGGUCAGCCUUGAUCUAGAAACUCGACAACUAAAAGCAAACAGCAGUAAAGAGCACAGGAGACACUAAGGACAAACAUUUGCCAUACAAUGGCUAUAAACCUUAAGUGCACACGUGUAUAUACAUUGCAUAGCCUACUGUACAGUAUGUAAGUUAUCCAAGCACAAAUUAGCCAACUUUCCUUCAUCCGCUGGUGUUUAUGGCUGACAUUUUAGCGCUGUGCCUGUUUUAACACAAUGGGUAAUUAAAAAAUAAGAAAUGAUUUGAGGGUAUUUAGCCGGUUUUGUCUUAACUGCUGUAUCUGACUUUGCAUAUGUUUCAUUGCCAUUUAUUGUACAUAUCUUUUCAUUUGUUUACAAACACACAAGUGAAGAGUAGUAAUACAAUCCCAUAUUUUUUAAUAGUAGAUGAAAUAGUUUAAUGUGUUUUGGUUGUCACACCUUAUCAAGGUUUGGAUAAUAAAUAGAUUUAAAAGCACUAAACUCUGCAGGAAAUUGUCUGGUACUAUUUGCUAUAAUCCAUUUAAUUUAUAAUUUUCUCAAUGGAGUGUUGUACUGAAUCCAGUUAGGGAUAUUUAUUACUUUUAUUAAUAUUAUUUUAUUCAUGUCCCCCCCCCUUGUUUAGACUACAAAGUUCAUGCAGAAAGUUGGAUAAGACAAAGUCUCAAACCUAAGAUGAAACGAAACACAAUGAAAAAGAUAAAGCAGUAUGUGGGAAUAUCAUUUGCAUUCCAUAUCAUUUGCAGAGACGGUGUUCUGUCCUUUGUCUGCUUACCUGUUUGUUACUCAUUUGUUCUGCAUGUUAUCAUUGUUAUCAACCAUUAGUAUGUGCAAUGAACUGAAUGUAAAUACAAACCACACAGUUUGUAAAUAUGUGUAUUACACUGUUCAGGUGCAUCAGUAAUAAAUAGUCACAGAUAUAGUCGUAGUACUUUAUGGCCUACAACAUAAUAGGCUUUUUAGUAGACAGCAUAUAGUUAAAGUACAGGAUGAUUAAUGUUGCAUACAGUUUACUCUAUAUUGCUUAUACUGUAAAUGUUGUUUUACAUAUUACUGUAGAUUAUUGGUGAAAUUACAUAAAAUUACUUACUGUAAAUGUUUUCACUGUAAGUGAAAAUCGCAGACUGGAUGUAGGUGGGAUCUGACAGCGCUGUCCGAGGCUCCCUUUUAUUAGAAGCUGUCAAAAGAGGAACUGAUAGCCAAGCAAAUCAUUAUUUAACAUAAUUGAAAUGGGCCACCUACAAUUGCUACCUAGUAGCACAAAUCACUUAUUUUUCUGAACAUUAGUGGGUAUCAUAAGCUCAGAGAUAUAAUCACCCAGAACAUCUUUAGAGAAAAAGUGAUAAAUUGCGUUGAUUUAAUGGAAUUGAGAGAAAAACCUUCAUUGUCAUCCUCUUGGAGGAAGCAACAAAACCACCUCCAAACUGGCAAUACGAUUUAUGAAACUUAGUUAAUCCAUAGAUAAUUCAUAGACCCUUUGUUAUGCACAAACACAAACAGAUAUUGAAUAGGCCUGUUACCAAUGACCAAAAAUACAUUUUCACUAUCUUACGUGAGGUAAACGACAUGACUGGUUUCUUCCUGAAUGUGGAUCUAGAGUGCUUGUGUGCCCCCUAUAGGUCAGAAGGCCACACGACAACAGUUGUAAUUAGUAUUCAGCACACUGGAUCCAAGGGAGAGAGUCUAAAUAUAUCCCAGGCUGAAGACUGUAACAAAGCCUUGGACAGUGAUUCGGAAGGCGCCUACAUCCGCUCUACACUGUAAUUAUCAACUCUCAGUUGACGUACUGGACAAGGUGCAACAUUAUUGGUAUUAUCUUUAAUUCAUUGUGUGAAGAAUAGCUAUAAACUGAAAGGUGUGAAUCAACUCACACCACUUCAACUCACCAACAGCACACUGAUUUGUAAUGUUUCCCCUGUGAUGCAUAAAAGACAAUCUUUACAAUGACUUUUACUAGCAAAGCACAGUGUUAACUUGCAAAUAACCACCGCAUUAUAAGGCACAGAACAAACUCAUAAUAACUCUUAGUAACGGUAUGCUUUACUAGCUCUAUUGCUUAUAUGGUUAACUAUAUUGUGUUUGGAUAAACUGGAGAUUAUUUUGAUCUUGGCAGCAAAAUCCUUUCUACCUCUCUUCUUUGCACUUUGUUUUAUUUUCAUGCCACUCUCUCUUGUAAAAUGUAGGCCGGGUGCUGUGAUUGUGGCCAUGGCCCCCUUAUACUCCUUAGUAACGGGUGAUCUUUGAAGCUGCUGCACUCACUGUAAAUCACUGGGUCAGUGCAGCAGCUGAAUACCAAAAAAAGAUAAAUAUGUUGGAUAAAAACUGUAAUUCUAUGAUCACCAGAGUUGCAGUUGCUUUUUAGUCAUCUAUAAUGUGACUUUCUUUUCCACUGCCCAAUGAAAUGUUUGAAUGUUCACAGUCACUAAAAGAGGUUUGUGAAGAAAUUACCUCUAUACAUCUAAUUGCACAAACACGAAACCUCUAUCCAUUUGACAGGCAGUAUUAUAUUUUAAUCCAUUUCAUUGUCACAUUGAAAUAGUUCAGAAACAUGUCCAAUUCUGCAGCUUGAUGAACUGUGCCAAAUCAUUGAAAAUGUGUAAUGUGUAUCAUUCAAUUAUACUUCUAUGGAUGAAUAGACUUAUUAUCGCCACAGAAGAGGCAUCAAACCAUUCAUUUGAAUUCAUUUUACAAAAUGAUGAUAGCAAUACUAACCACUUCUCUGUUGCUUUAGGCUUUGCAUAGGCGUGUAAAAACCCUUACAGCUUCAGUAGUUACACACACAUGCGCCCACACACAUACACGCACACACACACACACACAUGGAAAGAUGUAACUGAAUUUCCAAUAAAUCUGACUAACAGAAUAAUUAUUUGUCUGUUUGUACAGUAAUGACAUCAGUGGUAAUACAGAUGAUGUAAACACCAUGUAUUUAUGUAAAAGAACUAUGAGGUGUCUCUUUGUCAAAGAGAAAAGUUUUAUCGAUUAAUAAAGUUUUAUCCUGCUUAAUGUUGA